UUACUACUCGGACAUGACCUGGCUGUUUGUACGUGAUGACAGCUGUAGGUCAUUCCUCUGUCCGGCGGCUGGAGCCUCACUGUGUUGUUGUCAGUUGAAUACAGAGACACGGCCAGACAGCACAUGCUCGGCAGCUACUGCUGCAAACCAGGAAACUGUGGGCAGGACAAAUGAAAGAGAAAAUGAAAGCAGUCGACACAAUGAUCCAGCUCAAAUUCAGGACACAGUGACAAUUUCUAAAAUGCAAAAGUGAUCACCAUCAAAAUCAGCAAUACCAAGAACAUUCAUUAUGCAUCUCUUGCUUGUAAUCCUGCUCUUUCUGGAGUCACAGUUUUGUGUCCAGUCUUCUGAUAGCAAUAGUCCUGCUGGCGAAAACCUGGCAACAAACGGCCUUCCUUUUCCAUGGAGUAAAGUACGCCUGCCAAACUACAUAGUGCCUGUACAUUAUCAUCUACUUAUUCAUCCCAAUCUCACCACCCUGAAGUUCAACGGUUCUGUAAAGAUUGAAAUCGAUGUCAAAAACAACACAAACUGGGUGGUGCUGCACAGCAAGAACCUCAAGAUCUUCACCGCCACUGUUCUGGACGAGCACGAGGCCCAUCUGUCAGACAAAGUGCUCUCGGUGCUGGAAUAUCCUGCACAUGAACAGAUUGCCAUCUUCUCCCCAAAGAUUCUGACCUCUGGGGAAAAAUACUUAAUGUAUUUGGAAUUUGGUGCACCAUUAAGUGAUGGCUUCUAUGGAUUUUAUAAGAGUACAUAUAGAACAAAAGCUGGGGAGACAAGGGUCCUGGCAUCCACCCACUUUGAGCCAACAUCUGCCCGAAUGGCACUGCCAUGUUUUGAUGAGCCCAUUUUCAAAGCUAAUUACACUGUCAGAAUAAGGAGAGGCCCGUCACACAUAGCUUUGUCCAACAUGCCAUUAGAACAAACUGUGGAAAUCGGCAAUGGUCUGUUUGAGGACCACUUUGAAGUGAGUGUGAAGAUGAGUUCGUACCUGCUGGCCUUCAUUGUCUGUGACUUCAGAUCUGUCAGUGGGAUGACUGCAACCGGAAUUAAUAUUUCUAUUUAUGCAGUUCCAGAGAAAUGGCAUCAGACACACUAUGCUCUUGAGGCUGCUUUGAGGCUUUUGGAGUUUUAUGAACAAUAUUUCAACAUACUUUAUCCACUGCCAAAAAUGGACCUGAUAGCGAUUCCAGAUUUCCAGUCAGGAGCUAUGGAGAACUGGGGUUUGACUACUUAUAGGGAGACAUCUCUUCUGUACGACCCUGACAUCUCAUCAGCCUCUGAUAAGCUCUGGGUUACACUGGUGAUAGGACACGAGCUGGCCCAUCAGUGGUUUGGUAACCUGGUGACCAUGGAGUGGUGGAAUGACAUAUGGCUGAAUGAAGGCUUUGCCCGAUAUAUGGAAUUUGUCUCACUUGAAGCAGUAUAUCCAGAGCUUAAAUUUGAGGACCACUUCCUGGACACCUGUUUCGGAGCUAUUGGACGGGAUUCUCUAAAUUCUUCCAGGCCAAUUUCCAGUUUAGCUGAGAACCCUACUCAGAUAAAGGAAAUGUUUGAUACAGUGUCAUAUGAUAAGGGAGCAUGUAUUCUCCAUAUGCUGAGGAAUUUCUUGACAAACGAAGGCUUUCAGAGUGGCAUAAUUCGGUACCUUCGGAGGUUCAGGUACAGCAAUGCCAGAAAUGAAGACCUGUGGGACAGCCUUAUUAAAACGUGUUCUGAGGAGGAUUUUACAGCAGGAGAAUACUGUUACAGCAGUACCCAAGCCACUAAAAAUGCGGCUGACCUGCUGAAGGACCUGGAUGAGGGGCAGGGCCUUUCCCCUGGUGAAACGGCUGAGCUGCGGCGCACCACAGACUUGGCCCUCCGGGCUACUAAGCAGGUAGCCUCUGCCAUGGGCAGAGCGAUGGCUGCUAUGGUGGUGACGGAGCGGCAGUUGUGGGGUACUUCAAAUCAGAAAAAGGCCAGCCAAAUCUACUACAUCAAGCCAGUGCACAAUGAUUUUAAAUAA